AUGAAGCCCUCGACAAAAAUACCUACAAAAUUCACUUUGGCAAGUGUUGCUAUGUUAUCAACCCAUAAAGUGCUUCACGCCAUUCUAGGAGAAAUAUGUGUCAUGCGUGCUGUCAAUAUCGAGGUCAAGGUCGAUGGAUCUCACAAGAGAAAAGAAUAUGUCUCCUCAUCCUAUUCAUCUGAGUUCAAUCUUAUCGAGGAUUUUCGACAUUUGAUGAAAUUUCACGCCAAGAGAAGCAAAUUCGCUGGAGGUGAAGGCCUUACAACAAGAGUAGCCAAUGUAUCUAAUAGAAUAACAGCUCUCGCUCUCUUAAACAUGAGUCAGCAUUCUGUGAACAUGUUUUGCAAAUGUCUUUGA